AUGUCAGGGAAAGAGUCCAAGCCUCCCGUGGGCUCCAAAAUCCGCUUUCGCACCACACCCCGCCCGAAGCCCACGUUCGACUUUGCGCCUGACCAAGAAUGGGUGGGCUCUCGUCGGAAGCGUCGAUUGACGUACGUUGAUAUGACACCGCGGGUCUCUGGAGUGUUGUCGAAUGGUUCUGCUGCGAAGAGCCCACCGGCCUUCCAGCCUACAAUCGGGCUGUCAUCCCCAGUGGAAUCAGCCUCUCCAUCAACAAACAUCUCCAAGCAAACACCACCUCAACUUGAGCAAGACAAUCAACCCGCGGAGCACCCUGAGCGAGAUCCAGGCUUAGCUUCCCGUUUUCGCUAUCCCAUCGGGCCACUUCAUGGCUGGUCGGAUACGUACUCUGACUCGUCUUCGUCGUACCUCGAGUUCCAAGAUGCCUGCUUGAUGCGUCACUUCAUCGAGAAUCUGGCGCCACUGUUUGACACAAGUGACAUGGACCGCCAUUUCGCGAUUGUUGUCCCGGAACGGGCGCUUCUGUGUCCGGUCCUCCGAUAUGCUGUCUACACGGCCUCGGCUGGGCACCUUAUUCGACUAGCAUACUGCAGGGGAGGGAACGGCAAUAUCAUUUCUGUCGAUGGGACUGGUCUACCUGAUCUUACACCAGAUGCAGCUAUCCGCUACCACGAUAUUUGCAUUUCGCACCUGAUUGAGAUAUCCAAGGACCCGAAUGAGGAGUAUAAUGAAGAUGUCCUGACAGCUGCUGCAAUCCUGCGUUUCUACGAGCAGAUUGAUGCCCCGUCCACUGGACCUUCCGAGGCAUAUUUAAAUGCAAUCCAGUUCAUCGUCAACACCCAAAAAGAUGAAUCAUUCUACUCCUACCAAACCAUUGAAGGCCCACCACGAGACAGCAGUGUUCACGUCACACCCUCGAUAUCUCUUCGUCAUUCCGCUUGUCUUGCUGCAAUGCGCCAAGAGAUUUGGAGCGCAUUUCUUCACCAGCGCCCAUUUCGUCUGCCCGUCUCACCACACAACGACUAUAGUUUAUUCGACCCCAACAACGACUUCAUCCGGGCGAACCGAAUCUUCGUCUGGGUUGCCGACCUGUUGAUAUUUUGCUUCGGAGACAACCACUUCACCACAGCACAGGAAAAACUGCAGCGCUGGAACAUACUCAAAGCCGUCGAACAGAGAUGGCAGGAUACAAGACCACAGCCGAUGCGGCCAUUCUACUACCGCGAACGCGAUCCCAGCUCUGGCCGGUUCUUUCCCGAGGUAUGGCAUGCCAACGCGUGUCAGGUGGCCGGGGCCCAGCACGUCGAGUUAGGCAAGAUCCUCCUUGCAGUCUCCGAUCCAACCAGGACAUCUCGAUUAGGAAUUGGUGCGAUGUCACGAAACAACGCGUUGGCUGCCGAGCUGCGGAAUAUCACUCGCCGUCUAUGUGGAUUGGCGCUUUCCAACCAGAAGUGUCCGUCCGCAAUGAUUACGGCAAUGGUUGCAAUUGCUGUUUGCGGAGAGUACUUCACCGAGCCUGCUGAGCAGGAUGCGCUGCUUCAGUUACUGCAUGCGCUCGAGUACGACUAUGCAUGGCCGACGCAUAGCACUGUUGCUGCGUUGCGCGCAUCCUGGGCGCAGAGCUCGGGGGUGUAG